UAACAUUUUUUAGACAUUUCAAAGAUCAUUCUGGAUUACCAGGGAUCGCUGUGGUUUUUGCUUAUCCUUCUGAGCCUGCCAAUGGGAAAAAAUGAAGGCGGGCAGUGCUCAACAGGACUACUUUUGGGAAUCCAUCAGUGCUACCUCCACGAGGAGAUCUUCCACCGACGUCCCUCCCAUCAUCCAAUCCCCCUGCAAAGUGUCACCGCCAAGAGGCUGCAACUGCCCUGGUGGUGCGCCCUCUUGGAGAGCCUCUUCCUGCUGCUGCUGAUGAAGCUGCUCCAGUUGUAGAGGAGCCAACACCUUUCGGUAAU